UUGAUGCAUCACGAGUGGCUGGGCCUGAAAGGGAUUAGGCGGGAUUCAUUGUGCAAAUCCCCUUGGGGUUUAGCAAGGGUGAUUAAGGCCUUGGGUACUGGCCAAUUAGGUCUCAAGCUGGCUGUUUUUAGGAUCCUUGAAGAGGGACGCUCUGGGGAAGAUGUGAGGGCGAAAGUCAGAGCUAAAAGAAGCCCACGGCCUUCUGAAUUUGUGGAAGCUGGGCCACUGCCUCGUCCCUGGAGGUCACACUUUUCCUUCCUUGGGCUAGCACUUGGGCUAGCAUGGCUCCUAAAAUUGUAUUGAUAACAGGAUGCUCAUCUGGCAUUGGGCUAGCUUUGGCUGUGAAGCUAGCACAGGACAAACAGAGGAGGUUCAAAGUGAUUGCCACGAUGAGGAACAUAGCCAAGAAGGAAAAGCUGGAAGCAGCAGCAGGAGCUGCUCUCAACAGGACGCUGGAGAUCAAACAGCUGGAUGUUUGCGAUGAGAAAUCCAUUAUCAGCUGCAUCAACAGCAUCCCCAACCGGCAUAUUGACAUCCUUAUCAACAACGCUGGGGUAGGCCUCAUUGGUCCCAUCGAGUGCCAGUCCAUUGAGGAGAUGAAGGCCAUCAUGGAGACCAACUUCUUUGGCGUGGUGCGGAUGAUUAAAGUGGUGCUCCCUGACAUGAAGAAGAGGAAGAGUGGCCACAUCGUGGUCAUCAGCAGUGUUAUGGGUUUGCAAGGCAUUGUGUUCAACGACAUCUAUACAGCUUCAAAAUUUGCCAUUGAGGGUUUCUGUGAAAGCCUUGUCAUCCAGACACUCAAGUUCAACAUCUUCAUCAGUUUGAUAGAGCCGGGCCCAGUGGUGACUGAGUUUGAAAUGAAGGUCUACGAAGAUGCGGAAAAAGCUGACUAUUCCCAAACAGAUCCGGAGACCGCUGAGAUAUUCACUAAGGUCUACCUGAAGAAUUCCAAGGCCAUCUUCUCCAGCUUGGGUCAGACCCCUGAAGAUAUAGCUGAGCACACCCUGAAGGUCAUCACCACAGCCAAGCCUCCCUUCCGUCACCAAACCAAUGCCGUCUAUACACCCAUGACUGCUCUCAAGCAUGCAGAUCCAACGGGGGCUUUGAUGACUGACUCCUUCUACAAGCUGGUCUUCAGAUACGACACCCUUUUGCACGUCAGCUUGAAGGCCAUCCGGAUCCUUCGCUGGCAGGCCCACAAAAUGAGGCAAGGCGCCAGGCUGCUGGGCUUCAGAUGAGGCCCUCUGGAGUGAGAGCCAGGAAUCGAGAGGCAGGAGCGUGACUAGGCAACUGACAGUCCUUCUUCUGACAAGCCAGCACUUCACAGAUUAGUGUCACCUUUUCCAAACGUUCUGUUCACCCCUUUUAAAAGCUCCUUUCUGUUUGCCCACUUCUAACUCUCGAUUUUGUUUGUGCUGCUUCCACUCCUUGGUGAUUUUUUUUUUUUAAACUCACACCCCAGAGACCUGCUUUACAUUUGAUUGGAAUGCUUUAACGCUUCACUUUCAAUAUCACAUUUUAAAGAUUUCCCCUUGUAUUGCCCCAAUGAGGGUCUGAAGGCCUGUGCUAAGGUUCAGCUGCAGAAGAUGAGGGGGAAGGGGAAGAGGGAGAGGGAGAUCUGAUCCUAGGCAGUGCCGAGAUAGGAGACCACCAGGGAACCUGGAGAGCAAUGGUUCCAUCGCCAGGGCUCCCCCACCCCCAGAGCAGGUUACAUCCGGACUGGUGCUGUUGCUUCCCAGCACACCUCCUGGGGCAGGGCUCUUUCCACUCGAGCUCUCCACAAGCCCCUAAGGACAGCACGAGGGGCAGUGGCAGGAGGUACACCAGAGAGCUGGGGAGGUCAUGUCCUCCAAGUCCUUCCAGCCUCUCUUUUAGUCGUCCACUAACAUAAUUGAAUUGUAUACUCUUUUUGUUAUCCAGUUUGAAUGUGACCUCAUAGAAAAGCCGGAUCUGAUUAAUAAAUAACCUGCUUUGAACUCCUUGGAGGAGGGGCAGAAUGUAAAAACAAGAGAUAAGAAACUAUUAACAUCCUCUUAACCUCCUAAUUUCCAUAUUCUUUUAACGUUCCAGUUUGUGUACUCCCCCACCACCACCACUACUUUAAUUUGUACCCCUUUCAACCAGCCUUUUACUUGGACAUCUUUAUGCUCUCUUUUUGGUUUAUAGUCUUUUUUUACCUACAACUCUUUAGGUUCAUACCAAUUUAACCUUUCUUUUAUCAACCAACCAACCAACCAUCCUUUGUUCCCACAUUUAUGGUUGUUAAAAGUGUGGGCUUUCUCCCCCACCAGCUUCUCGAAGCCUCACUGAGAGAGGGUGAGAACGCGCCAGUGUCGUGAUUGGUUGUGGGUUUCACUUCACAUUCUUGGCUGUUGUGGUGUACUGGCUCGAGUUUUGGACUUGGGUUCACAUCCUCUCAGCCUUACUUAAGAGGAUUUCAGGGUGUCAUCAUGCAUGGUAUCACAAAGCUGCUAAGAAGAGAAAAUGGAGUAGCUCUGCAACUCCAUGCCAGACCCCCUGAGCUCCUCAGAGGAAAGGCAGGAGAAAAUGGAGAUUUAUAAUUCAGAGAAUUUUUGCCAGCAAAAGAGGCACAGGCAUGAUAAAGGGGAUUGCAGCUAUUAAGACUGCUGUCCACACUGAGUUUUGCAUAGUCUUCUACAAUAGAGGAGGCAACCUUUUUUAAGUCACCGAGGGAGAGCUUAGGCCCUUUAAUCUCGAAUCCCUUGUCUCCUACCCUCUUUGACCUUUGAUCAAAUUAAACAAGUAGAUUUUUUUAAAAAGCCAUUCAAAAUGCUUGCAUUCAAUCAGAUCCGUAUUCCUUACAAAGGGCCCAAACAGGGUUGUUGCAAAGAAUUUUGCUUUGACCUAGAAUUGUGGUUUCAAACUGUUCUGUGGAAGUCUGGUAUUCUUCAGAAGCUUAUCAGAAGUUCCUUGAUUAGCAAUGAUGGUGGAUAAGCUUCUGUGAAAAUCAGCUUGUUCACACCACCACGGAUUCUUCCUCUGCAAUGAGGGGAAUGUUGAUGGGGUCCAUGGGUGCAAUCUCGAUUUACACAGGUUGACUGUGAGGCCCAGUGGGGCUUGCCAAUCUGGGCCAGCGGCAAAGAUUUUAUCAUCCUUGAGCCAAGAUCCUAGUACCUCAGAAUUCCCUGAGCUGCUCCUUACUACUUCAUAGCCUUCCCUCUCCUCCUCUCAGAGGUAGGUGGGAUUGAUAGCUGCAGUUCCUUUCCCCUGACCCCUCUCUCUUGCAUGACAAGGAGAAAGAGCCAUCACCAUUUUGCUCAAGAACCCUUCCAAACCAGAGCCAACACAGCCAGCAUUUUGCAUGCACUGAGUGUGCAGCUUAGUUCAGAGGUUCUUUUGGCAGACUCUUAGGGGUUUCUCCAUUAACUGACACAAGGGUUCCAGAAUGCAGGACAUCUAAAACGCCCUGCUCUAGCAAGCUCAGCUGUUGGAACUGCUGUUCUCCCCCUCACCACAAAGCCCAGCUCUCUCUGCAGCACCUUUUCCAGCCAUUGCCCAUUGGUCGCUGGUGCUGGUGGAGGAGAAGGAGCAUGCCGGGACCUGUGAGGUAACAUCCCCCUCCCUCCUGGGCAGAGCUCUAGCAACAUUGCCAUCACUGUACUUGGGAUUGUGAGCUCACAGGAUAGAGUAGGCGAUAUAAAUAAAAGUAUGUUCUAGAAAAUUCAGCCAAGAUGCACCUGACCAGGACAAUGGCACGACCAGACAAACUGUACAGACCCUUCCCCCUUUCCCCCCAAACAACGAUGGAAAAUAAACAAGAUGUAAAUGUGUGUGA